AUGAGAUUCAAAUCAGCCACCAACUGGUACAGGCUGAUGAGGGUCCUGUCCAUUUCUGCCACCUGUCUGCUGAGUGUCUUGCAGGCUACUACCCUCAGCCCCAGAUGCUCCUGUUUGGCAAAGUUCAAGCCUAAGUCCGCACAGGACAGUAUGAGGUCCUUUUUCUUUCUGUGGGUCUUCUAUAUGUCCUUCAGUGCCCACAUCUCCAUCUCUGUGGUCAAUGACUCCAAUGGGAUGUCACACAAUCUAAUGUUUCUCAGUGACACCUGCACUAUGAUUCACAAGAGCUACUUCCUCAAAAAUUUAUUUACCAUCCUGGGUGCAUUCUGGGACGUUGACCUUAUAGGGCUCAUGGCCCUCUGCAGUGGGUACAUGGUUACCCUCCUAUGCAGGCAUAAGAGGCAGUGCCAGCACCUCCACAGCACCAGCCUGUCUCCAAAAGCCUCCCCAGAACCAAAGGCCACCAGAAACAUCCUGCUGCUCCUGGGUUUCUUCAGUCUCAUGUACUGUUUGGUCAGCAUCAUCUCUUUCUUAAGAACCAUGUGGAAAAACGACCCUGUUUGUCAUUGUAUCCAGAUGAUUGUGGCCAACGGCUAUGCCACAGUCAGUCCUUUGGUUUUCAUUUGCACUGAAAAACAAAGUGUUGCUUUUGGAAAGGCUUGUGGCAGAAGAAUCGUCAAUGCUUAA